AUGACAGGGGCGGCGACAAAAGCCGCCGCCGCGGCGACGGCUGUUCCCAACGCACCGGUAUCGGACCCCGCUGGCGCGGGUGACGUUGCCGCCGUCGAGGAGCAGCAGACGCCGAACGUGUCUGGCGGCCGGGAGCACCGCAGCAGCAGCGGCGACGGCCGUGGUGGUGGUCGCGACCUGACCCCGCCUGCGGCACACCUGCAGAAAGGCAUCGUGGAAGCUCUCGAGGAGAGCCAACAGCCCCUCGAGAGAGGGGCGGCACCAGACACAUCGCCAGCAGCAGCAGCGGUCGGCAUCAAUGGAGACACGGCGUCGGGUGCCUACGACGAUAGCGUCGACAGCAGCGGCGGGGGGGGGGGGGUCGCGAAAGCGGGAGAAGGAGGGACCCCAACAGACCGCGGCGGGCACACCAACGGCGUGAGCAAAAUGACGACGCACCCACCAGCGCGACCACCCCCCGUACCGGCCUCCGCCACCGCUACGAAACCCCGCCUCGCCGAGUGGGUCAAGGCGGAGGGGGAAGACGACGACAGCGAUGUCGACACCGCUAACAGCCUGCGCGGCGGCAGCGGCGGCAGCGCGCCUAGCAGCGCAGGCUCCGAGUUGUCUUGCGCCACUACCCCGGCGGCGGCGGCCGCGGCGGCGGCGGGUGUAUUUCCAGCGGGGGCCGGGGCAACACCGCCAGAAGCUGAAGGGUCAGAAGACUCGAGGGGCGAAAGAGGGACACCGGCCAAGGGGGAUGGCGAACGGGUUUCCACAGAGGCGGGGGUUGGCGGCGGUCCAGGAGGGGGCAUGGGCGAGGCGGAAGCGAGCGGGGGGGGCGGGACGGCAACGGCGGCCGCCGCGGCGCCGGCGCCGGUGGCGGCGCGGAAGCUGGCCGACUGGAUCAAGGACGGCGGCGCGGAUGACAGCGAGGCCGAGACGAGCACCAGCGGGAUGUCGCCCACGUCUUCGAGAUCUCCAGUAACCUCCGCCGACGGGCGCAAGGCCUCCGACCGCUUCCUGGUGUCGGCGGGCAGGAGGCUGAUGACGGCGGGGGCGGGGGCCGCCGGAGCAGCGGUGACGGCCGCGGCGGCCGCAAGACGGCGGCAAAGCCCGCUCUCGGUGGGGGGGGCUGGGGGGGGAACCGACGGGAACAUGGCCCCUCUGCUUGAGUCAGACCACCGAGAAGGGAAGGCUGAGCGCGGGGCCGCCGCUGCUGCCGGUGCUGCUGUUGCUGCUGCUGCUGCUGCUGCUGCUGCUGCUGCUGCUGCUGCUGUGUUUAACGGGGACGGGGUGUCUUCGGGGGAGGUGGCGGGGAGCGCAGAGGGAGGUGUGAAAGGCGCGGCCACCGUCGCGGCUGUCCGAGAUAAGGAAAGGUUGGAGAAGCUGCAGUCUUUGUUAGACGACGGGGAGGGAGGGGAUGGCGACUGCGGCGGCGGUGGUGAAGCCAGCGGGGGAGCUAGGGCGGCGGCGGCGGUUGCUGCUGCUCGCGCCGCGUCGAGGGGGCCGGGGCCAGGGAGCGGGGGGUGGGCGGACACGGCGGCGGAGUUGGACGAGGGACCAGGCGUAGGACACGGCGGUGGGUGGUGUCGAGCUUGGACUUCAAUGUUGGUGUUGAGGUGCAUGAAGGAGGAGGGUGUGGUGUUGCAGCUCAUGCUCGGGGCCGGUGCCGGCGGCGCUGGCGGUGGGGCCGCGGGGUCCGGUAGCUCUGCGGAGAGAAGAAGGUGGAAAGAGGCGGGGUUCCCGGGAAGCAGCUUGAGGAGGAGGCGAUCGGCCAGCGUCGGCGAGCUGAGGUCGAACCGAGGCAGCCGCAAGUUUACAGUCAAGGGGCCAACGAAAGGACAAGGGCAAGGGUGGAUGUCCGACGGCGAGGAGGCGGAAGGGCUCUCCCCGAUAGGGCACGAGAUCGCGUACAUGAAGCAGCGGCGAGGGAGCGCGAACAAAGGCGACAAGCCCACGGGUGGACUGGGCAGCUUGGGGGCGUGGCCAAACAAGUCCAAAAAGGAUGUGGACUCUGCCAAGGUGAUUUACCUCGGGGACAUCGACUUCGACGCUCCCGGCGAAGCCACCGCUACCGACAUCCUUGUCCGACAGCACCGCACAAGGGUCCGGGUAAAGCGGGUGAAGGACAAGGGCACGACCAGAAAAAAACGCAGGACCAAGCCGAAACGCCGAAUUCGAAGUGGGAAACCGCUUCACCCGGAGGAGGACGAGGUGGAGUACAUCUUGACCAUCGGCAUGAUGCUGGGCCUGAGGGUGGCCGUGGGCAGGCAGGCUAACCCGCUCGCGAAGCCGGAGUUGACGGUGGAGGACUUCUAUCAGGCGCGUUGCGUGGACAAGUACACCUUCCCUCCCUCCGGGGCUACGGGCUACCUCGUGACACCCUCCCACAAGCUGGGCCGGACGUUCAAGUUCAAGGACUACGCCCCCAAGGUGUUCAAGAAGAUCAGGGAGCACUUCGGCGUCGACAAGAUGCGGUACAUGCUCUCUGUUGCGGGCAACUACAACUUCCUGGAGUUCAUCUCGAACGCCAAGUCGGGGGAGUUUUUCUUCUUCUCCCACGACGAGCGCUUCAUGAUCAAGACCAUGAAGUCUUCCGAAACGAAGUUUCUCCGGAGAAUCCUUCCCCACUACUACGAGCACGUUAAGGUCCACCCGGAGACGUUUCUUGUUCGGUUCUACGGCAUGUACCGGGUCAAGAUGCAUCACCUCAACAAGAAGGUCCACUUCAUCGUCAUGAAUAGCGUCCUGGACACGUACAAGGAGAUUCACAACACGUACGACCUUAAGGGUUCUUCUCUGGGGAGGGACGCCAAGCCAGGGGAGAAGGUGCUGAAGGACAACGACCUCGCGGAGAGGCAGGGGAAGCUUCACCUCGGCUCCCAGAGGGAGGCGUUUCUCAAGGCAAGAGAAGUGGCUAGGGGCGACGCAGAGUUCCUUGCGAGGAUGAAGAUCAUGGACUACUCCUUGCUCACCGGCAUCCACGACAGGACCGCCAAGCCUCCCGAUGAGGAGGAAAAGCACCAAUCGCCGAGACGCUACUCCAAGUUCUUCAACUUCGCGGACGAGGCGGAUAACAAGGCCACCCCCGGCUUCAAGCCCGCUCCGGUGGCGUUACCGGGAGGACCGGUUCCCGGAACGGGCCCCAACCUACCGCCGCGGGCGGCCGGCGCGCACGGCAGUAGUGACGGCGACGACCGCAGCGCGGCAGGGGACGGCCGGGAGGCACCCCCGAGGGCGAGACGGGGCGGGGAUGAGGGCGGAGCGUCCGCUGGUGCUAGCGCGGCGGCGGAGGGGGGGGGGCAGGGGUUGAGAUUGUCCCCAGGCGUGGGUUUGCCGCGUGUGGAGGGGUCACAGUCGGCCGUGUCAGCCAGGACGUUCGACAGCAACCAGGCGGAGCUGAUGUUCGGCAACACCACCGGAGGGAAAAGUAGCCCGGACACCAAGCGGAAGAUGUCGAUGGUGGCCCUGGAUAGCGUGGCGGGGGCCGCGGCGGCAGGAGAGCUGUACCCGGCUAGCACCGAGGAAGAUCCGAUCGACAUCGACAUCUACAGCGACGAAGAGGCUGCGGGGGGAGGGCUGUGGAGCGCCAUCGGCACGGGGACUGAGGGAGAGGAUGCAACAGAUACGGGGGGGGACUACACAGAGGGGGACGCUGAGUACGAGACCCCCGGAGAGCACGACCUAGAAGACACAGGAGAGCUCAAGAGGUCUCUCUCUCGCUGCAGCACCGCCAAGGGCACCCUCUCCAACCUGCCGGACUCCUUCCUGUUCUCCUUGCAGGAGGCCACCGGCGCCGCCGCCGACGCCGCCGCCGCCGCCGCCGACGCCUCCGGUGCACCAGCCGCCGGCGGCAAGGGCCGACGCGGGAGGAGGGGCGGCGGAGGGGAAUCUGUGUCGACGCGGCGGGUCUGGACGGGCAAGGCGAGAAAACCGGUCUCGAGGUUGCCAUGAGAUACCGCAGCCCUUUCUUUUUGUUGCCAGGCGCGCGCUUCAGCAAGAAACGUGUUUGCUGCUGUUCUUCUUGAUGCUCGUCACGUUUUUCUCUUUUUCCCAUGCCUUUUACCAUGUAAACGUCUGAUACCCCAGAACCAAAAAUAUGGAGUAAUCCUAAACCAACGUUUGAAAACCCCAACAAAACCUUUGCGCUCAUGUAGCGUUGGAUACAACAACACCUCUGAAUUUAUUUGGACACAACCCCUCGCGUUUUGCCAUCUGGCUUAUCAUGCGUCCGCCACACGCGCGUGUUCUUUGUCGUUUUCUAAAAACAAGCAGGAGUAUAACGCGCGGAAGCACGGCGAGACUUUCCUCAAGUCGCUGGCGCACGAUCGAGCAGAAAUUUCCUGCGUCGACCCCGCGACGUACUGUCAGCGAUUCAACGACUUCCUCGAGCGACACACGGAUUAGAUGUUAACCAUAUCUUUUUUUUAAUACAGUAUCACCAUGAAUUAGUUCAAAUUAUUUAGGUUAUUCCUUGUUGUCAGUCUUGUCGUUCCAACGAGGUAGCAGCAAGUAAGCAAGCAAGCACGGUGUGCGCAAUAUCCAGAGGUGAUGAUUUUGGUGUGUGAGUCAGUGUGUCGUUUUUUGUAUGUGUGAUUGUUCGUUCUUUAUAUAAACAUGAUGCAGCUGUACCUUUUUGUGUUAGCUGUGCUUGUUGUUUUGCUUUGUGCUUUAUGUAGAGAGAGAGAGAGAGAGAGAGAGAGAGAGAGAGAGAGAGAGAGAGAGAGGCGGUUUCGGUGCCAUCCUUUUUGUCUUUCACGAGAGGAGAUUGUUGCCCCUCCGCUUUGUACUUGACGGGGCCUCCGCAGAUUGCGCUGUUUGCAAUGCGUCACCACCAACGUUCUUGAUAUGGAGGGGGGGCAUUGAUGUACGUGGAUGAAUAGAAGUGUGUGUUUUUCUUUUAACACGCUCCUGCUUGUUGUGGUGGGCACGUUCUUUGCGACGUGUUCCUCCAGCCCGCUAUGAAAGUUCGCACAACGUGAGAUCAGCCCGACUUUCCCUCAAGAGGCGAAGGUCUAGCACGCAUCCUGAACCUCUGGCAUUGCUUUGAAGGCCGACGGUGAUGUGUGUGCCAGCGGGCGUUGACAUGGCGCCACGUACGUAUGUGCCGGUUAUUCUUUGGAGUUGGUAUUGUAGUAGUAACGUGUGGUGGUGGUUGUGGUUGGUGUUUUCACUGCAAUAGGUCAGCGCGUUUUCAAAUAAUUCCGUCCGAUUUUUUGGACAUUCUGCACGCAGAAGAACGAAAAACCACCAAGCUGAGCUAUUUUGUGGUGUUCCCCCAUGACGAGGCAGUCCUAGGAGGAGGUGUGUGUAGAUAAGGAGCGGCGGUGAAUGUGGACGACGACCGCUACUGUAUACGUCCCAUUCACCCGGUCGGGGUAGCAGUUAGAGGAGGCGUGAUCGAGAGUCCGGGGGCGUUUUAGAACGGGGGGGGGGGGGGGGUCGGGGUUGAGGAUUGAGCGUGUUUAUUUUUGUCCUUGGGUGUGCUUCCCGUGUCUUGUGUCAACUGCAUCUCAGUUGGCUGGCACGGUUGACCAUGCGGCUCAUGGAUGCUGGGUAGAGUAGCUUAUUUUUGUAGGAAGGUGAGUUCGAAGCACUGCUGCUGCGACAGAGUUGGGAUGUGGAGGGAACGGGGUGCGUAGUAUGGGGGCGGCAGGCAAUCAAUGGAUCGCAGUGACCGGUGGUUUCUGUUGUGUCACAAAUUUCCUUUGACUUCC